AUGGAGAACGCAGGCUUGGAGGACAACAACUCGAUCAUGAUGGAGGUUUCGGAGCGAGGAGUGAUGAUACCCACCGCAGCCAUACUUCCAUUAACCGAUACUGCUGCAAAUAAUCUACCACCUCCCGGCCUCUCGGGACCAGUAGUCGUAGCCAACGCCUCGAAUCAGCUCAGCAUCAGUACAGACUCGAUUGCCAUGAUCUCCUGCGAUCAGUCCGCAUACGCUGGCAACAUCGCCGCUGCAGACAUCUUCAACCGAGCCGCUUCAGUGAAUGCAACCGCCGUCAUCUGGUAUAGCACAGCUGCCGCCUACUGUAACCUCACGGGUUACAACAAUCUGUACCCUUGGGUGUACAGCAUGAAGACGCAGAACGACUCGACAUACAUGCUGCAGAACUUCGCGGAUCUGAUGCAAGGUAUGGCGGGUAGCGCAUAUAUCGAGAUUGUAUCAAUGGAUCAAUUGAAUGCUGCGAAUAAUGGGACCGGGCAUGGAAAGCCAUCUGACAGUAAUCAGAAUCAGAAUCAGAAUCAGGGCAACAACGGUCCGUUGGGUCCAAGCCCGGGGACUGCGGUUGCGAUGAUCAUACUCUAUUCCAUCACUGGUGUCAUUACGGCGCUAUUCUUGGUCAUCAUUAUCACUGGUGCCAUACGAGCGCAUCGGCAUCCUGAACGCUAUGGGCCGAGGAACAUCAUUGGCAGAGCACGGCAGACGAGAGUGAAAGGGUUGGCAAGAGCCAUGCUUGACACUCUUCCGAUCGUAAAAGUUGGCGACAGAGGCGCCGAAGCACCUAAGCCUACAGAUGUAGAGUUAGGCGAAGGUGCAACGGCGCAGGAAGGACGACCGACUGAGAUGACAGGAUUGACUGCACGAGAUGCACGUGCAAGUGGGGAAUUAACGAACGUCCACAACGCAGAAGAGCUUCCGAGAACCUCGUCCACCGAAGGCGGCAUAGCAGCUGCAGCUUCUGUGACUCAUGCACAACAUCAAGCGAGCCACGCCUCGGAUCAGGACAAUCAGGGAUGUAGUAUAUGCACGGAGGACUUCGAAAUCGGCCAAGAUCAACGCAUAUUGCCUUGCGACCACCGCUUCCAUCCAGACUGCAUCGACCCUUGGCUCUUGAACGUCAGUGGGACAUGUCCGUUAUGCAGAAUCGAUCUUCGACCACGACCUUCUGUCGAUACAGCUGAGGUAGACGAGGACGGCAAUCCCAUCUCACGAAGCGCCACCCUCGAAAGCAGAGAAGGUGAAGCACUGCCUCCUCCGCUAGGCGCAGCAGCUGGAGACCGAAGAUCUGUAAGACGAAGUCUAAUGCGCGGCCUCAUGGGUAAUUCCUCUGCAGGCUCGAUGUCUAGAGAAGAACGGCUAGCAGCGCUGAGAGAGUGGAGGUUCCAGGAGGCUAGGCGAAGACAGACAGAACGAGGAGAGUCUCAAGCAGAGACUUCCGAAGCUCGAUCUGGGCGGGAGGAUGAUGCAGGGUUGAGGACGAGGUUGAGAAAUGCUUUCCGAGUGAGGACGAGAAGAACUGGAGUGGCAGAAACCCCGGCUGUUGUCUCCUCAGAAGAUGCGCAGGAGGCUGCUGAGGGCGAAGCUUCGGCAUCAAGACCUGCUAGGACUUCGUGA